UUCAACUAAAUCAACUUUUUUCUACAUGUAUAUAUAAUUAUGCAAACACCUUUUCCCUCUUCUCUGAUCAAUUAACUCCAUGCAUGUAGCCAUUAGUGAAAUUCAUAUCCUUUUGCUAUAAUUAUACCUUGAGUGUCUGUAACUAUAUAUACAUGAGGCUAGUAAUUUUCCCCCUCUUCUCCACAACGUAUAUAAACACUCCAGCAAGGUGAUGAGUCUGUCACUGUGUAAAACUGUGCGCGGUUGUUUAGCUCACUCAGUAUUGUUUCUCUCUGCGGUACAAUCAAUAGCCACUGCUUCGAGCAAGUUUGACAAUGCACAUGCACACUCUAUAUAAUUAUCACUAUGUGUUUGUGGAUCUGGAGAUGCAUGCCUUCCAUUGUCCCACGACCCCACAAACACUCCCACUUCUUAGUUGACUUGAUAUUUUUAUCAACUGCUAAGUCUAUCUACGUUACGUUUAAUGUUGUCAUACUUCACUGAAAUUCAAAAUAUGCUGCUGGGAAAUUUUUAAUAUCUCUGUAUUACAACCUCACACAUUCACACAAACGGGUCCAAACAGAGGUCACUUAGUGACACUCAUCAACAUUGACGAGAGGGGCGGGAUUGUUAAACUGACCGGCUGGCGCGUGAUGCUGACUCUGCAACUAUAGCUGUCCUUGUGCAUCACUGAACUUUAAACCUUGAACUCUUAAAGUUUACAACUGUACUUUGAUCAGUUCUGAAAAUCUAUAAUAAUUCUACAGUUGAGGUAGCCAUCACAAGACUGAGUCCUGGUUCACAUUCUUCACACAAGCUCGAUUGUAGGCACAUGCACUUUCAUCAGGGCUGCAUAGACUUACGUUGACUGGUUUUUGCACACAAUAGUCAAAUGCACAGUAUAUACUAACAAUAUAACCUGUUUCAUUGGCUACUAUAGUCUACUGCUUCUGAGUAAUUCAUCUCAUUGGCUACCAGCUGAUACAUUUCUCGGGCAUUGUUAGCUCGCGAUCGUCGAAGUCUCAUGUCUGCAGCACUAGCUCGUAAGUUUCUUAUGGUGUCCUCCAUCUUCAGCCAUGUAUUGCUCUUCUUGAGUAGACAAAUUUGUAAAAAUGGUACCAGAGGGUUGUCACAAAUAAGAAGCCAUGCAUCGACGUAUUGGCUAGUACUGACUGAUCUUUCUUUGUAUCUUUGACAUAGGAGGUGCAAAAUGCAAGAAUAGCAACAUUGAAUAGAUAAUAUAGAGUUUCGAGGGAAUCACAAAUUAAACUUACUUUUGUACAAACGAUUAUUCAGUAGUUUCCAGACAAUCAGUCCAAAUGAUAGAACUCCAGCUGAUAGAAUAGGGAGGUAAGCCAUGGCAGUGACAAGAUUAUGAAAAAUCAAGGCAAAAAGGAGUAGUUCCACCCAGUAGCGAUGCUUGGGAGUGAAUGGAGCAUGGUAUGUAUCCAUGAAACCAAUGUAGUACGUGUUCUUGGUCCAUAUCAAAACCUUGGAACAGCGUGGAAACCAUUGUCCAAAGAAGAGCAGUAUACAGUGAAGAAUCCACCGGCAAUGAGGAUGAUGGCUGCAGCAACAAACCAAGGGGAUCGCGAACGAAAUAUUGCACAUUGCUAUCGUACACCCAAACUAUAUAUCACUUUUACCAUCAGGAUAAUCCAAGACCCUGUGUUGUAGUGCAGCAAUGACAAACCGUAAGAAUUUAGGAGUAGGACAAGUGUGCCUAGGGCAGCAACUGGGUUCCUGUUGGAGAGGAGUUUUGCAAAAUACUUCUAAAAUGAAUAAAAAACAUUAGAAGAAACAAGUAAGCGGGAAAAACAAGUUGAAAGCACUUUUGCUUGAGAGUUCAUUCCAUUGUAAAAGCAUGUCUCAAUGCCUAAAUCAACAGUCAACCAUGAUAAAAAUAACUAUUAACUUCGAAAAGUCUAUGUUAGCGUAAAAAUGAGGCCAUGAAUGUCCAGUUACUAUAGUGAUGUUGAGCACGAGAAUUAAAGCAACUAGCAAUAUACCUGCCAUCGCAAAUGGUAUUAGUAGAAGAUUGAAAAGAUUAGAGCAUUCUUUACAAUUUGACGUAGCCAACACAAGACUGAGUCCUGAUUCACAUUCUCCGCACAAGACACCACUUCGAUUGUGGGCACACUGUUCAUCAGGGUUGCUUAGAUUUACUUUCUCUGGCUGCAGAAUACAAGUCCCAACUUGUAUUCUGCAGCCAGAGAAAGUAAAUACUGGUUUUUGUACGCAAUAGUCAAGUGUACAACUGCUAACAACAUAAAUUAUAUAUCCUGUCUCAUUGGUGGUAUUUAUGACAUGUGUUAAUACUUCUUUCUAGCGUCAUACCGUUCCAUUUUCCUCAAAACAAUUUGUUAUCUGAUAUCUUUAUUGCUAGUCUGGAUUACGGUCACAUGCACUUGCACUCAAUAUCGGACUGAAUUGGCUUGAGUCCACUAGUAUGUGCAGAGUUCAAAAGAAAUAUUAAUAAGUUGUUUUGAAAUUCCCAAAUUGAUAAUGUUAGUGUUUGAUGUAGAUCUAGCCUCGAAUCCACGCCGGCUUAGAUUGGGGCUACAUCAACAAUGACAACAGCAAGAAAAAGUAAGGCCUGGGAACGAGGCUAAAAUUUAUUGUAUUGCAAAGGGGAGGAGCUAGUUCUAGGAAAGCGAGGAAUAAUUAUGUCCAACGUCGACCUUUGAACCAUACACAUAAAAUACGCGUUUUAGUGGUAAAAAACCGUAAAUAUUAUUAAUUUUUUCUUCAGAGCAGACUGAGCGCUAGCUAGCUAGGGCCUGGGGCCAGGGAGAGCAGACUGCAUGCAGUCGCUGCUAGCCUCCUUGUGGUGAACCAUGUAUCCUCUACUAUCUAUGGCACAAGUAAGGUAGUCUAUACAUAUUAAAUAGCUAGCUCUAGCUGGUACACAUAGAUAGACGUAGACUACAUGUGUUAGACUGGCGGCGAUAGCCGCCCGAGCGCGUAGCGUGAGCGACUGGCAAACUGCCUAUCAGUCACUUGUCUCAGCGGAAGUGUAAUAGAUCGUAUGACACUACUAAACAUGAAUAUCGUUAUAGAUAAUGUGGUUAAAUUUUGCUAUGAGAUUCAGCUACUAUAUGGAAUGCACUGAAUCCCCUGAAGUGUAAGUGCGGUUACAAUUACGGGGCUAAUAUGACGUUGAGCAAUCUGAUAGGCUGCAAUGCUCGUUGCAGCUGAGACGAGUGACUGAUAGGCAGUUUGCCAGUCCCUCGCGCUAUGCACGCGAGGGGCUGUCGCCGCCAGUCUCUAUACAUGUGUCUGAUGUAGAUAUCUCAGUAGUACUCAGAUCAGUAAAGACAGACCCUUCCCACCACCUCCACUCUUGUUUCUUCUUUUCCACUAUAUCCAUUUACUCGAUACGUUUCAUACUAUCUAUCUCACUUUUUGUUUCACCAUUUCCAAUUCCCAGGCCGUACUGUGUGAGUGAAAGCAAUCUUUGAGAUCUGCAACAUCUCAGUCUACUGAAACGGAGUCUGGUAUCUUCACUUCUCAUUUCUGGAUUCUUUACCCAUGUUCCAGUGCAUCAUUAUGCCUCGAGGCGUAGCCGCACGAGGGAUACGGUAAAGCUGACUGUGUGUGUGUCUUAGCUGUCUGUCUGUCUGUCUGUCUGUGUGUGUGUGUAUUCCAGCUAUAACUGCUCAACGGUUACAAUGCGACGAAAACUAACAGCUUCUAUAGGCUUCUAGCCACGUUCUCUUGGAUUUUGAUUCGUGGAUUAGCAAACUAAAGCUUCUUUCUCGAGUUAUGGCUAGUUUGACUCACAUUGAAGGCUGUUGUUGGCUACAAGAGUUAGAAAGAGCUGCUAAAGAAGCUAGCUAUUUUAGUAGCCAUUAUUGAUUGAACUGCAGACACACCCCUAUUCCUGGAUGUAGAUCUAAUGCGCAUGCGCGCUCAAUACCACGUGUAAGAGAAUCCAUUUUGCGGAGAAUCAGCUUUGUUGAGGUCCAGGUAAGCCACAAACCAACCUUUUCUGAUAAUUACUCAAUUUAUAUUAUUCGUUACUGUGUUUAAUCAAUUGCUAACACCUAUUCUGUCAAUUUGAAAUCAUAAUUAUUGCAAAUUAUUAACCUUUCUAAUACUUGUGAGCGAAAGCAAAAACAUGGCGAGAGGCAUUAGCACAGCGCCAGCUUGAACACUAGUUUAAUACUGUGUGGCUUGUGCGCGCUACAGUACACAUUUUUUUAUCUUCAAAUUUUGAUUGGAGUUCUACUGGAGCUAUUGGCACAGAUCUAGCAUCGUCCUUGGGACCAAGACUAUAGGACAAAUCAGACUGCUCAUAUACAGUGAAAUAUACAGUGAAGAGACGAACACAGAUGGCAGAAUGUUCUUUCAUAAACUUUAACUAUAAUUAUGAUUGUUUUUUGCGCAAUAAAACAAUUCAGUUACUCUUUAGUCUUACAACAUGUUGGGAGGAGCACAUUAAUUUUAAUACCCUGCAAUGCAGCAUAGAUCUAAAUGCAUGCACUAUAUAGAGAUUUUAAAGUUUCAUGUGCUUGUGCAUAAUCCUCUGGAGCCGCCCCCACAUCACAAACAAAUUAUUAUAAGGUCAAAGUUCAUGGACAUAUUCCUUUAGGCUACUAGUAUAAAUAGUAAUCAUGGCUAGCACUAUCACUAGCAGUGAUGCUUGCUUAUUGCAAGAGCUAGAUUGGGAUAAGCAAGAUGUUGCCUUCCAUAACAACAAGGGGAAAAAUGUUGAGCUGUCAGAGAAGGACACAAUAGUCAGCAGAGUGAAGGGGGCUACUGCAGUCCGCGGCAUUGUGUUUACAAGAGAGCCUCUGUCCAUUGGGCAAAUAUUUCAAGUAGAUAUACUGCAGCAAGAUUUUUGGGGAACUGAGUCUGCAAAUUUGAGACUUGGGUUCACUGGAGAGGAUCCUUCCAGCUCAAUACUGCCCCUUAAACCCCAGUUGGUGUGGGAUCACGGCCUCAAGCACUUGCUCACUGUUUGCAAAUCUGUCCACUACAAUGGAAAACAUUGUGGUACUUUCAAUUCUCUUAAUUUUGCGAAGUCAAUCGGUAUAUUACUCACAAAUAAGGGAGAUCUUCACAUUUGCACUAACAAGAAGUGGAGCAGUGCCAUUCAUCUCGACAACUACCCCCUCAACAUACCAAUGUGGGGGGUGGUGGAAAUGAUUGGAGGUAGUAGAAAAAUGAAGGCUGUCACUUGGACGGUUGGGAGCACAUAUCCGCCAUAUGCUGAGAAAAGAAUGAUGGACAUGGGAUUACUCAAAGGAAACGAAGAAGCAAGAUUAGAGCCUCAAAACAAACAGGAUAUCGAUAAACCGGCAAUGGAGGCAAAUGUUAUUCAACAGCUGGAAGAAUCUCUUAAACUUGAAAUGCAAGAUAAACUACAACUACUUCAAAGAAAUAUCACUAGACAAUUACAACAACAAACGGCAGGCUUCAAUCACCUCUUUCGAGAGAUGAGAGAAGUCAUCGCUUCUGGACACCAUCAUUGUCAAUUGGAUUGCCGUGGUAAUCAACAGGAAGAGGAAUUUUGGCAAGUAUCUCCGGAAGAGGUGUCAAUUAGAGAGAACGAGAUAAUUGGCCAAGGGGCUUGGGGCAACGUUACCAAGGGUUCCUUUAGAGGAACAACUGUAGCUGUCAAACGACCACAUCGCGAAAUCCUUCAGGGCAUAACAGUGGAGACAAUUCGUCGCGAGAUUCGUACUAUGGCUCAGAUUCGCCACCCCAACCUUGUCCUCUUUGUUGCCGCCGUCCUCAACGAGCAAACAGGUCCCAUGAUUGUCACAGAGCUCCUAGAUACCUCUUUACGUUCUGCCUACCAGGACGAUCGUGUUGGUCCUAAUAAGCGAAGGAUCUUUGGAGACAUCUCCUCAGCUCUGGUUUAUCUCCACCGACAGAGAGAACCCGUCAUCCACAGAGAUGUGAGCUCUGCUAACGUCCUCCUUCUCUCUCUACCCAACGACAAAUGGCUUGCCAAACUCUCUGACUUUGGAUCAGCCAACCUAGCUCGAGAUGCCACCACCCCCGGUCCAGGUGCCAUCCUGUACACUGCCCCCGAGGCCUAUCCUCGUCCACCUAUGUCACCUCAACCACAACUACAACAGACGACAAAGAUCGAUGUGUACAGUUUUGGAGUGCUUACUUGUGAGGUGGUGAAUGCCAGACUUCCAGAAGCUGCUAUCUUUCAGAGUCUGCUGAUGCACAUGGAAGGUGUAUGGCCAGAGCUCCACCCACUCAUCACCUCCUGCGUCUCUCAUUCCCCUCAGGACAGACCCUCCAUGGACACUGUGCUACAGCACAUCAAACAAUUGAACUGGGAGCCUUAGCAUUGGUACAUGUUAAUUUUUUUCUGAUUAUUGUUAUUGUUUAAACUAGUGUAUAGUUAUAUAUUAUUAUGUGGUGUGAAAAAUGACUCUGCAAACAAGGUGGGGGAGGAGCUGCUCAUGCAUGCAAGGGAUCACAAGCCAUGU